AUGACACAGGCACUUACGGGCCAUGGUUUUUUCCAGUGGUACCUCCAUCGUAUGGACAGGGCCACCAGUACACGUUGCUGGCAGUGUGCAGACGACUCGGACAUAGCCGAACACACGUUAUUCCAGUGCGUAUACUUGGGAAGGAUUGCGGGAAGCUCUAACCUCCCGGCUAGGUCAUCGUCCGAGCACCAUCGACGUGCCCGACAUAAUCUGUGGUCCAGUGUUCGAGACUCUGCGUUGGAUCCAUUCGAGAAGCAAACGGUUCUUAUAGAAGCAGAGGAAGCUUUUACAUUUUUUUAUCGCAUGGUGGAAAACAUCCUUCCUGCGAAGGAGGAUGAGGAACGACGUCGUCAGGCCGCAGAAAGACCUCCGGAUUCACCGAACUAA